AUGUCGGACCGUAGGGGAGGGCGCAGAGGGGUAAGCGUUAGUUUCGCUUCGGGGUGUAUGUACCGGUGGCUGUGGGUUAAGUUAGAGUAUUUUGGGGGGCUUUGGUGUUUCGGGUCUGGCUCACAGGGAGCAGGGGAGCCUGAGACGGCUCGCGUGUAUCAAGAGUUCCUCAAGACCUUCCAGCCGGAAGACCCUUCUGCGGACAAGACUUUCAUCAGGGGGGGCGUGAUGAACGCGGGGUCCGGUCAGAUUGCCGUUGAUAGUAAGAAGGGUUCUUUGUGGGUGCCGAGUAGCGCCCCUAAAUCGGCUGAGGCAGCUGCAGCAGCGGCAGCGGCUGCGGCUGCGGCUGCUGCAGCAGCAGGCAGUGGCAGCAGCAGCGCCCAGUCCCCAGCUCCCAAACGCAUGCCAGGACGCCCUGGACAAAAGCGGGAGAUAGAUUCAUUUCUCGAAGAAAUUAAAAAGCGUCAAGAACUACAAGGGCAGAAACGACGACUCUAUGAGAGGCUAAACCUCUCGCGUACAGGUGAUUGGCGGUUGUUUCUGUUGAACGCGACGAGGCCACGUGGGGCCCCGCCGAUCGACUUGGAGAAGGAGAGCUCAACGAAUUUGUACUUGGGGAAUUUAUCGCCUGAGGUGCCUGUACACUGCAGAGACUGUAGAGCAAUAACGGAGGAGUUUCUCUGCCAGCAGUUCGGGAAGCACGGGGUCAUUACCAGUGUUAAGAUUAUGUAUCCCCGAACAGAGGAAGAGAAGCGCCGAAACAGGAACUGCGGAUUUGUUUCCUUUGAAACCAGGCCCCAGGCUGCGGAUUCUCCCUUCCCAUCCACGGGAUUCUCGCCGCCUCCCGCAACUAACUUCUCCGCGGAGGCUCCAACGGCAACUCCAACGCCUCCCCCUCCUCCUGAAGCGGAGUUGGUGGAAGUGCAGGUGCCUAAAGACCGUAAGGUCAAGAUGAUGAUCGACUUGCUGGCGAAAUACGUAGCUGAGGAAGGGCACGUCUUUGAGCAGCAGGUCAUGGAGAAGUUUCCUCCAGAAAGUGGCCGUCUCAGCUUUAUCUACGAAAAGGAUUCGCCAGACAACAUUUACUACAGGUGGCGAGUGUACGCCUUCGGUCAGGGAGACACUUUAAAAGCUUGGCGUCUAGAGCCUUUCUAUAUCUACUCGGGCGGCAGGCGUUGGGCACCUCCACCUGAGAAAUACUUCCAACAGCCCCGGACAGCUGCUCGCGGGGGCGAACGGCUGAGUGCAGCAGACCGCGAGGAGCUGGAGGAGUUACUACGCAACAUAACUCGGGAUAGGGCAUCGAUAUGCGCGGCAAUGUCCUUUUGCAUGUCUCACGGGAGCAGCAGCGCGGAAGUCUGCAGCUGUUUGACGGAGUCGCUAACGUUGCCGGAUACGGCCCUGACAAUGCGGUUGGCGCGCAUGUACCUCUUGUCGGAUUUGCUGGCCAACUCCAGUGCACAGACGGCGCAUGCAUGGACCUACAGGCAUCAUUUGGAGAAGCACUUGCCCUUCAUCGCAGAUCGCUGGAGCAAAGUGUUAGAAGACCUUCGUUUGGGCGUUGGUGUUGGAGGAGCUAGCCCGCGGACCCAACAAGAGCAGUGGCAGGGCGUCGAGAGGGCACUUUACAAGAUGACGAAAUUGUGGGAGGCAUGGGGUGUAUAUCCGCCUGCGUUUCUUCGGGGCAUCGAGGCCACACUUUGCGGCCGCGACAUUACAGCAACAAUUCUGGAUCCCGAAGCAGCAGCAGCAGCAGCAGCGAAAUGUGAGGCUGCUGCACUCGAGCUGGCAGACCCUCAGCUGGACGGAGAGCCUUUGGCGGAAAACCUCAGGCCCCUCAUUGCACAGUUCCCGCUUUGGCUGCGACCUGCAGCAAUGGAAUGGCUGCUGCUUGACCGGUACCAGCUAGACAGGCUCUGCCAGCAGCGGGGACUAGGCGUGUUGCCUUCGCGCAGCAGCAGCAGCAGCAGCAGCGAAAGACGACAGAAGCAGCUUGUGCAGCUGGCGCGACAGGAGCUAUACUGGAGACUAAAACAAGAGCUUGCGUCUCUUCAUGUCCCCGUCGUUACCAUGAUUCAGGCAGCAGAAGUGCCGCUCGACGUGCUUCUGGAGGCGCAGGCUGCGGCUGCAGCAGAACGUCAAGCAGCAGCUGCGGCUGCAGCUGCGGCGAACCCGCAGGAGGUAGCAUUGGUGAGUGAAGCUCCGGAGGGGUCCAUCGGUGCACAGGAGGGAGGCGCGAAGCAACCGGGCGACGAGCAGCAGCAGCAUGACGACGUAGCAAGCGAGGCCUCAGAUAUUUUUGUUUUCGAAAGGGAGGAAGAGGAGCAAGCGCAGCAACACCAGGAGGAAAACGAAGGCGCAGCAGCAUCAGAAGCAACAGCAGCAGCUGAGUCACAGGAGGCCCGGGAGUCUGAUAGAGAGCGCAUGCGGGCCAUAGAGCUGAAGGUCACCGAGUUGCAGGUUCAGCUAGAGGACCAGAGUAAGGCUGCAACGCUGGCCAGUAUUUCCAAGGAAGAAAUCGCCAGCCGUUGCGACGCUCUCAGGCAAAAGCUCCUUGAGGAGCAUAAGACCACAGAAGAGUCGGCCAAGCGAAAAAUGGUGAAGAGCCGUGACCGAAGCAGCUCCCCCCAGAGCAGUCGCAAGAAAACGAAGAGCAAUUACAGCGAAAGCUCGAACGCUCAUUAG